GUGCAGUGGCCGCGUUAUAGAAUUGUAAGUUGACGAUAAUUAGUUUCGGCUUAUACUCAUUAAGAGUUGGGGGAUAUAACUGGGGGUAAGUGCAUAUAUGUGUCUUAUUUAAGCGAGGGGAGACAACUACUAGCUGUAGCUUGUUUGUAAAGCAGCUUCUAUGAUUUUUCAACUUUGUUAACUACCUAAAAGUGACUAUUCACGUUGCUCAUACGCAAACCUAAGCUAUGCCGAAAGUAUUGAUAUUCGGCACCGGCAGUCUCGGGACUUGCUAUGCCUGGGCCUUAUCAAACGCGGUUGGACAGGACAACGUCACCGCGAUAUGCCGAUCUAACUACGAGUUCGCUUCCCGGAACGGCUUCACGAUCCACUCGAACCUGUGGGGCGAUAACCUCCAUUUCCAACCCCGCAUCGCGAGGUCCGUUGCCGAAGCCGUGCAGCAGUUGGCUUUGGACGCGCAACCAUUCUUCGACUUUGUGGUUGUCGCUACCAAGGUCGUGCCUACUGACCCUUCGAUAGAGGAACUGAUUGGCCCCGCGAUCGCGAAGGGCAGGACGGCUAUUGUGCUGUUGCAGAAUGGUAUUGGGAUCGAGGACGAGUAUGCGCAACUCUACCCGGAUAACCCGCUGUUGAGCACCGUGGCAUACUUCCCGGCUACCCAGGUCUCGCCUGGCGUUGUGCACCACAAGGAAGUCGAGACGCUGCACGUGGGCACGUAUCCGGCUGCUGCUCCGACGAAACACAAGGAAGCAGCGCGGGAGUUCGUAGAGCUCCUUGGGAAAGGAGGCGCCACGGCUAAGUUACACGACGAUGUACAGCACAAGCGCUGGGGCAAGCUGCUCGUCAAUGGUUCUUGGAAUCCCAUAUGCGCGCUCACUCGGCUGAGGGACCGGGAGUUCGUCGAAGUGAGCUUGAGUUUAGACUUGGGCGCAGAAGACAAGUGGGGUGACGGCGUGCGCUUUGUAAAAGACGUCAUGUUGGAGAUCGCGUCUGUAGCACAGGCUUACGGGUACAGCGAUGUGGAUGAAGAGGUGGUGGAUUUCCAGAUUGGACGCGCUGUUGUACGCGACCUGCCUGGAGUACAACCGUCCAUGCUAGGAGAUGCGUUUGAGAGCAAGAGUAUGGAGGUUGAUGCUAUUGUGGGCAAUGUGGUGAGACUUGCGAGAAAGAAGGGGCUGGCUGUGCCGAUGUUGAGAACGAUUUAUCUCCUGGCUAAUGGGCUAAGCGGGAGUUUUUCUCGAAAGAAGCUGCAGUCUUAGAGGAUAGGAGAUAGUGAGGGAUAUGUUGCUCUUCAUGUCUUUAUCUCAGGAGGUUUGUAAUACCCUUUAGAGAGAAUACUAGCACAUUCUAGACAUACUCCCAGAUAGAUAUUUAGAAUCUAUCAUCAAUAGACAAAAAAAAA